AUGUACAUUCUAUUCAGUAAAUUGAAAAACUACCGUCAUAAACUUGUUGAAUGGCAACAUACCAAUCAUAAUAACUCGGCUAGACUAAUUGUGGAGCUUAAUCAGAAAUUGGAAGCUGAAAAACAGAAAGGUCAGGUAGUAGAUAAGCGCCUCAUUUUAAAAUUAGAAGAUGAUCUCCAAGAUGCUUAUGAGAAGGAGGAGAGAUAUUGGAAAGAAAAGUCCCACGUGAAAUGGUUACAGUGGGGUGACCAAAAUACAAAGUUCUUCCAUGCAAAGUUUCAUGCUCGGAAUAGACAGAACAAGUUAGAGAAACUGAAGGACGAGAACGGGCUGUACCGGACUGAUGCGAAAGGUAUAGGGGAGGUAGCCGAAUCCUUUUUUAAGAAGCUUUUUUCUACUUCAAAUCCAAAAAACCCCGAAGAUGCUCUAGAAGGUUUGGAAAGGAAGGUAGAUGAUAGAAUGAACCGCAUACUCACUAGAUCCAUCACGGAGGAAGAGGUUAAAAAAGCUAUCUUUUCUGUCAAUCCUUUCUCAGCGCUAGGUGAGGAUGGAUUCACAGCAAGGUUUUUCCAAUUCUAUUGGGAGGUUGUCAAGGAUGAUAUUUUUCAGGCAUGUGCUAGCUUUUUCUCUGGAGGUAAAAUGCUUCGCUCCCUGAACCACACGCAAAUUUGUUUAAUAUCGAAGAUUACAUGUGUUGAUUCUAUGACUCAUAUUCGACCUAUUAGUCUGAGUACGGUGUUUUAUAAGGUAAUUUCAAAGCUUCUGGUUCAUAGAAUGCAGUUUUGUAUGGAUAAAAUCAUCAGUAUGAAUCAAAGUGCGUUUAUUAAGGGUAGGCUGAUCAGUGAUAAUAUACUUAUAGCCCAUGAAUUUAUGCACUAUUUGAAGAACAAGAGGCAUGGUAAUUUUGAUAUGGCAUUGAAGUUGGAUAUGAGUAAAUCCUAUGACCGAGUUGAGUGGAGUUUUGUCUGGAAAAUGCUCAAGAGGAUGGGAUUUUAUCAGAAGUGGAUUGGCUGGAUGCAGGAGUGUGUGACUACGGUUUUCUACUCAGUUCUUGUGGAUGGAUUCUCUUACGGCUUCUUCAAGCCUACUAGGGGUCUUCGACAGAGAGACCCCAUUUCUCCCUAUCUAUUUUUCAUUUGUGCAGAGGUUUUCUUUAGUCAGAACACGCCUGAGGAGCUGAGGAAUGAGAUUGUAGAGAUUCUGCGGGUUCCACACGUUGGUUCACAGGAUAAAUAUUUAGGCCUCCCUGCAGUUGUGAACAGAUCAAAAAACACUACCUAUAGCUACAUUGAAGAUAAGGUAUCCAAGAAACUUAAUCAAUGGAAGCGAUCUUUACUAUCGGCUAGUGCUAGAGAAGUUCUUAUUAAGGCUGUGGGUUCUGCUAUGCCUAUAUACACCCUAAGUUGUUUCAAACUACCAGAAUCACUCAUAGACAACAUACAAAGGAAAAUGAUGCAGUUCUGGUGGGGUCAAAGAAGGAAUGAAAGAAAGCUUCAAUGGAUUAAGUGGGAUACUGUGCGCAGGAAUAAAGAUCAAGAAGGAUUGGGUUUCAAGGACUUGAAAGCCUUCAAUUUGGCAAUGUUGGAAAAGCAAAGUUGGAGGAUACUAAAGAAAACUGAUUCUUUGCUGCACCGAGUUUACAAAGCCAAAUACUUUUCCUAUUCCCCCUUCAUGAAUGCCCAGAUUGGUCAAAACCCCUCUUGGGCUUGGAGGAGCAUUCUUGAAGGCAGAAACGUGCUCGAAAAAGGUUUGAACUGGCAGAUAGGACAAGAUACAGUAGCUCAAAACAUCUUGCAAACUCCUAGAACUGGUGAACAAGACAAGCUUAUAUGGGGAAAGGAAAAAAAUGGCUCUUACUCAGUAAAUACCGGUUAUCAGAUUAGCUUCCAAUUCUUCCAUCCAGCGCAGGAGUACCUUCCAGAAAUUUUCCACCAGAAGGAGCUAUGGCGUUCAAUUUGGGGGCUUAGGUGUCCAGCUAAGGUCGGGCUCUUUCUCUGGAAAGCGGUUCAUGUGGGUCUUGAAUAUGAAGAACAUGGGUUCAUGCAACAAUGGUAUUCGAAGGAAAUGUCUCGCUGCAAGCCUGCAAUAACCCUCUGGCAAAUAUGGAUAGCUCGAAAUUUAAAGGUGUUUGAAGACAAAAACUCCUCAAGCUUGGAGAUUGCUCAGGCUGCUAUUAGAGCCAAAGACGAGUUUUACAGAGCUACCUUUUGCUAG